CAUACUUCACAAUCAGAAUUUCAAUCAAACACGGGAAAAACAUACAUAUAGGGUAGUCCUCAAAUAGGUAUUAAAUGUCAAAGUAUAUCGAGUGUGGGUAUAUGUAAUGAAAUCGAGUUUGUGGUUUGAUACUAAUACUAUAUUCUUAUUUUUAAUGGAUAAACCUCAGCUUCCGAUAUCCUUUAAAUACAAACCCAAAGUUCAAGUUAAUAAAAAACAAUAAUGAGCGAUUCUAAUUUACUGAAGUACAACGUAAUAUAUCCAUUGAUCAAAUAACUCGAAGUAUAAUAUAUUCUAGAAGUACACCAAUUGUUAAAAUAUGCAUAUUUUUACCGUAUAAUAUUUUAUUUUGUGGACUGUGGAGCUGCUGAGAAAGGAUUGGUGCUGAUGAUCAUGACAGUUUCAUUAACAUAAAGCACACGACCAUAGCUAGUUGAUUUUGUUUUAGGGAGGAAUCACGAUCCCGUGCUUUGUGUUUUGCGACAAAUUUGAGUAUAAUUCGAGACUGAUUAAUUUGCUCUUGACAUAGUAGUGUGAGUAAUAAAUGUAUAUUGGUUGACGAUUUGUGCUUACGUCUGGAUAAUUUCAAUGUUAUUGUGAUUUGUGAUCACGAAUUAAAACUAUGAUAGGCUACGUGAGGAUUAUAAAUCACACAUAAUAAUUAAAAAAAUUCCAGUACGUAUUUAUACUUAUCGUAGUGUAUUUCUCAUAUCGACGAAAAAACAAUUCCAUCUUUUAACACUUGGAAGGUUUUGGUUAUCAGAAGAUGAGAACCUAUACUACAUGAACUUGAAAUGAUGCUUGUAAAGGCUCUUUCUUACGCAUACAUACAUACAUAUACACCUACAAUCUCAAUAGUCUCAACGAAAACUUGAGAUUGAACUAUCACUCAUUUUGAGUGAUAGUUUGCGUCGAAUCAAGCAAACAAUGCAUGUAUUGUUUGCGCAGAAAAUUAAAAAAAAAAACGAUACAUUGUGAACAUUGCAUGCAUUGUAACUAUCCCAACCAAACUAUCACCAAAAGCAAACCACUCUUAUAGUAAUUAGUACCUAGAAUAGGUAGAUCUCACAUAUUAUUAUUAUUUCCUUAUUGUGCAAGUGGGAUUUUUGGACCCCUCAUAAUUAAAAGCUCUACCCAAGUAGCUAGCUGAAAUGGGGGGCCAAUGCCCUAAACGUUGAAAGCUUGAAUUUCACAAAUGAAUUCACGACCAGGAAAUUGUACGCCAAACACGACCAAGCGGAUAGAGUUUUGUCUUGAUGAGAAACCCCAUAAUUAACUCUCAGAGUUGAAGUACUCCACGUCAACAAUUCAAUUAUAUUGAUUAAUUAACAUAUAUAAUAAUUUAAUAAUAUAAAUGAAAUGGCUGCUUACGACACAUCACCACUUGUUCUAUUCAACCACCUGUACUGCUUGACUGGACUACGUCGCCUGCGGCCUCCACAACUUUAAUCUCACUUGAUUGGCCUCAUCAACGAUUCCUAAUCACAAUUAAUUCAUAAAUAAUGACAUUUCUAGGUCUGAAAUGGGUCGUUAUAUAAUUAUAUAUAUGCUCAGGUUCCCACCUCCAAUAUUGGUCCAAAAGAUGCUCUCUAUUCAUUCAGUUCAUAUUAACCUAAAGCACUUCUCUCAGUCUCUCUUCCCAGAAAAAAGAAAAGAAAGUUUGGUACGUAGGGCUUCUUUCUUUUUGGCUUUCUAGCUAACUUAAUCGGUUUAAUUAAUCUGAAAGAAGUCCUAAUCUAAAAAUAAGAUUAAAUGGAUCAUUAGACGAUUAUAGAGUUAGACCCACCUGCUCCCUUUAUGUUUUCCCCGCCCUGAAAAUUCUUACUUAAUAAUUAAAUCCAGCCGCCACCUGUCCCGCCGUCGUCACCGACAAAAAAAAAACCAUGGGUGCGCCGGCGUCGCCAACUACACUAUGUCUGUCGAUCUCCAUAUAUAGAAGUUCGAUAAGUAAGAUAUAAGUUUUUGAAUGAUAUGUCGAAACCAAUUUAUUGUUGGAAUCUGAGCUCGACGGAUUGAAAUACCAUAAAAGGAAAGGGAGCGUACUGAUCGAGGAUCGAGUCUCGGAUCUCAUGUCUCUUCUGAUGCCAGCAUCUCGUUGCCAAUAGAUCUUCUAUGUUUUAACUCAGAAUGUGAUGAUCAUUUUCUAAGAUAAAAUCUCGACUCGAGAGGGUUCUAACUCGAAAUCUCCCACUAACGUGUAGUGACAUUUGUGAAUUACGAGUGAUGCGUAUAUUCAUAUGAAUCGAUACAAGAAAAAGUAUGUGGGAGACACACACUUGCCCUACACACGUAUAGGGGUGGCUAUACGGUCCGGUCCGGUUAAAUUGGACCAAAUUGAUCCGGUCCCAGUCCGCUCUUUUCGGGAAUAUAAGGACCAAAGAUUGGAUUGGAUACAAUCCGGUCUUGACCCGGUCCGGUCCCAAUUUUAUCUUGAUUUUAGGUGUUGGGGGUCUCUUAUCUGGUCUUUAUCCGAUUUUUUUUUUACCUCAAAUCUAAGCCGGAAUAUGAGAUUGCAUUGUUUGCUAUCCGGUCCCAGUCCGAUCUCGGUCCGAGUUAUACGGUCCGGUUUCGGGUAAAACCAAAUAGUCCGGGACCAAAUAGCCAGCCCUACACAUAUGCCUUUCGGCCGACGGUUUCAGAUAAAGGGACGACGUACGUGGAAAAUGGAAUCGUAUAGAUAUGAUGCACCUGCCUGCCUGAUCUCAAAUGUUUUGCUUUACACUUCGUUUUGGCUGGUCAGCUAGCUAAAAGAGAAGCUCUCGUCGUUCACAUGCAACUUUCUUCAAAAAUGUUCAUAGUUUUCUCCAUUUUGAUUUUUGAUAAUGGCGGAAGUGCAUAAAUGGCAACCCAACUUAGAGAUCACUACUAUUAAGUCACUCAACUUUUCUCUUUUAGCAUGGAGGUUCGAAAUAACUAGCAUCAUGUUGAAGUGUAUAUAGGGUUACUUUUAUCAUGUCAAAGUGUAAUCUCAAUUAUUUUGUGUGAUGGUGUCCAAUGUAUGAUAUAUAUACCUCAUAUUGCAUACAAGACUGAUAAAAGUAAACAACUUAUAAUAUGGAUUACCAUAUGCAAUUGUUGCUAAAAUUUAAGUAUCAGACCGAAAUGGAGAAAUGAUUCUUAUAUAUUAAUGUCUAUUCAAUUAGUAGGAGGUCUUUCGAGAAGGUGUUCAAAGAACAAAUUUGUACAUAUUUUGCACCAAAUUAACAUAGAUUAUCAUACCAAUGCGAAGCAUCCAAACUCAAAAGUAACCAAUUAUGUUAAGCAUGAUAAUUUGUUUGGUUAAUUAACCGACACAAAAUAUCUAAUUAACUUGAACGGUAUAACUCUUGAGAGAAUCUCAUACCGACUGUCAUAUCUUACCAACCUGAACCACCCCUGGUACAAGAUAAACACCCCCACUCAUAACUCGAACCAAUUUCUACCAAACAUUACCCCAAGAUCUUUAUUAUGACCCUUUCCUCAUCCGCUACCUAAUUAAACAAGGUUUAUAAGUUACAUUCGACAUUUUUCAUUAUCGAUUAUGUGAGUUGACACGAUGACACGAGUAAUUUAGAUACAAAAAUUCCAAUUCAACAACCAAUCUGUUACCAACCCAAUAAUAUAGUGCCCAUUCCUGUAAUUAUCCCUGUUUUUUUAACUGCUUGCCUUCUAAGACCCAGCCAGCCUCUCCUUACACGUGUCAACAUCAUUCACUGCCACGUACCCACACCUACCUUCCUCCGAAACCGCUAACCUUUAUCCCACGGCGGCUUCUUCCUCCCUCCCAAAAAUAUAAAUAGCGCCACUCCGCCCAUCUUUUUAGCUCCGAUUCAUUAUCUACGCCAACUUUUCCUCCGUUUUAUAGGAAUUAAAAAAAAAAAUUCUCUAAUGGGCAACUGCUGCAGGAAAUCCGUAUCGUCGACGGCGGUGUGGGCCGACGACGAUUGGGAAACCCUCGGUGACCAUCAUAAGAUGGUCCUGUUCGACGCCGACGCCGGCGAGGACCACCACGGCGUUGUCGGCGUCAGCGGAGGAGGAGAAGGCGAUGACGACGAUUCUUCUUCUUCUGACGACAAGGACCGGCUGCUGCCGCCGGCGGCGGCGGGGAGGGAGGUGAAGAUAAAGGUGUCGAGGAGGGAGCUGGAGGAGCUGAUGUCGAGAGUCGAGAUGCAAGGCUUGUCGUCCGAACAGAUUCUGGCGAGGCUGAUCAGUUCCGCCGGCGCCGCCGGCUUGUUUGCCGACGAGGAUGAUCACCACCGGCACUGGAGGCCCGUGCUGCAGAGCAUCCCGGAGGUCUAGCCAAAAAGAUCCGAUCUCUCUGUAAUCUGUAUCUCCCGAUUUUGUGUAAUUGAGUCCGAUUUUGUUCCUUUGUACAGAUUGUACAUAAUUGUGAAUUUGUGAUUAAUCAUAAUAUUUUUUUUCGAUUGAGAGGUCUGUUUUUUUUGUAUUUAAAUCUGGACGGCUAUUAAUUUAGCGACCAGAUUAAACAUUCGAUAUAGGGAAAAUCCGGGAAUUCACUCGGUGAACUCUUAUGUUCUACAUAAGAGUUUGUAAGUAGUACACAAUCAAAUGGUUAACGGUCCAUUUUUGAGCAACUUUUAAAUCGCUUCAACAUUAUCGACCCAAAUGUCUUAUAUGAAAUGAUUUGAUGAUAUUUAUGAACAAAUGAUCGUACAAAAAUAUUGUUAACCGUAAUUUAUUGGGACGAGUUUGGGAUAUCUAAUGACUAUAUUACUCUCGAGUUUAGUUAGUGUUGGAUUCCGACAGUGAUGAUUUAUGGCAUUAGGUUUGAUUAGGUGAACAAAUUGGUAUUGUAGUUUUCUUCUUCGGCUCCGCAAUUUGGAGUCAUGUGGAUGCUUUCCUCUUCUUGUCCUGGAGGAAGGAAAGUUCUUUCUUUCUACAGGCUGAUUUGUUGAAUAUAUAGUCAAAGCUGGUGUAUAGUUUUAAUUUAAUGGUUCAAUUUUAUGUUCAAUUUCCAUUUUAAAAUUCAAAACUAUUUUUCCCCCCUUUUCUCUACUUAAUUUGAACUUUCUUUUAUAAAGAGUGAUAUUCAAAAUCAUAACGGGUCUAAUCAAUUCUUGUUUUGUUAUUUGAAAUUCAAUAUUCUUAUUCUUUAUGAUUUCGAUCUGAUUUUAUUUAUUUAUAAAAGAAGUCAUAAGUUUAUUUUCAUGUUGAGUGCUAUUUAAUAAGUUCAACGACAUUCGGUAUAGUCUUGCACUAAUUCGAUCUUACAUUACCUACACGUCCAUUCAGUUUCAUUAAGAAAGGUUGAACUCAAAAUACUUCUUAUAACUAAAGAAAGAUGUAUAACUGAUGCAAGUUGCAAUACAAGAACUUCGACGUGAUAAGCAACCACAUUAUAGCUUAAGAAAAAUCAGGGGUAUAUACAAUAUAUUAUACAACAAAAAAACCUUGAAUAAAAAGUAACCAAAUCUUUGAAAAUACUAAAUAUUAGCCAAAUUUUUUUAUAACGUUGUCAAAAAAAUUGUUGAUUUGUUAACUUCAAUAAACCAUUAACGACAUUCCAUCCUCCACAAUGGACUUUUAGUUUUUGAUAUAUUAACACGCUCUUUCGUAUAUCCAACUCGAUCAUUCAUUACACGAUAACAUUAAAAUUCUUUGUAGAAACCAUCAAGGCAUGCUUUAAGGCGUCCCGAAUUGUCAAUGGCAAAUCAAUGGCUAAAAUUUUGCAAUAUUAUGAAAGGUUUGUCUAUUAGUUAAUAUUUUUAAUAAUAUGACUAUAUUUUUCAAAGUAAAAGGCUGCCUAAUAUUUUUUCCAAAGUUAAAAAUUGGACUAAUAAAUUGUUUCAUUAUUUUUACUGCCUCACAAAAACUCUUGCAAUUUAGGAUCAUGUUUGCCAGUUCGGCAUCAUCUAACGGAGGUUUUAAUGAAAAUUAGCAAUUGGAUAAUAUUUUAUAUUUUUAAAUUUUGAUCAAUACUUUAUCAAAUUAAAAAAAAAAUUGGUUAAUCAAUUGUAUUUAUUAAAAAUCAAAUAUUACGCUUUGACAAAACAAACAAAUAAAUAUAACCGCUAUGACAAAAAAAAAACAAAUAUAACCGGACUAUGUGGCCCGCAUGUCCACAUAAUUGCCAGUCCGUUGGGUUGAUAGAAUGGGCCUAGUUCCUUUAAUACAUCGGCCCACAGUCC